AUGACAAGAAAACGCAAAAGGUGCUCCAAAAAACCCACCCCCUUUAUAAAGAAGAAAUCGAAAACAUCUUUGGCUGGAGUGAACCAACAGAAGUACCCCCUGAGGAGAUACGAGCCAUACCACGAAAAAUUCCUCACCUACAGCCAGAUACGAGAUUUCCUAGUAAGACUCCAGAAGAGUUGUCCUAAUAUCAUGCAGGUAUCUACCAUAGGCCUGUCUACUAAGGGACGCCCUAUUUACAUGGCCGUCAUCUCUGAGGGUGAUUCUACAAGCAAGCCCAAGUCAGGCACCAUGAUAGUGGCGGGCGCCAACGGCACUGAGUGGUUCACCGUUUCCAGUGCCCUCUACAUGAUCGAGCAGUUGGUGAAGGGCAGGAACCUCGUGAAGAUCAUGGACUACUUCAUAAUCCCCUGUUCCAACCCGGACGCCUACGAGUGCAGUUUGGAAAAUAAAGGCAAGGAAAUAAACGCAAUGGACCUUUCCAGGAAUUUCCCGUUCAGUUUGGGCAUAUAUGACUUGAGCGGAAUCAGCAACGAAGUAUUCUUCAAAGCCAUAAGGGAGUGGAAGGAAAAUUACAGGUUUGACUGUCCAGAACGUUUGGCUGUGAUAAAGGCUGUUUUGUCGUAUCAAGUGGCCAUCAAACUCUUUAUAUCCUUGGAAGGCGACGGAACCAAAAUCACUUAUCCUUUUGGAUUUUGUAAUAUCGAGAUUAGCGACGUGGAGGACCUGAAGAAGGUGGCCAAAGCUGGCAAAAGUGGUAUAAAAUGUCGCUGUUUUGCGGUUGGAUCGAUGUAUAACCUAGAUGGGAUGCGUUUUGGUUCAAUGGUGGAUUAUAUCAAAAUGUGUCAGGGCUCUAUCAAGUUCACGUACACUAUCCAUGUCAAUGAGAAGGAAAAGAACUUGAAUCCGUGUAAAAUCCUCUGUUACGGGCAAGAUGUUAUGAACUGCGUCAGGUUUAUGGCGAAAAACAUAUACAUGCUGUACGAUAAAACUGAAAUAAAUUCCUGUGAUGAUUUUUUUGCUUUCAUUGUGAUUUGUAUUUGGAGAUACAUGGUGUUUAUUAAGUACUUGUUCAAAAUUUAA